AUGAAGGCACUAUACCCCGCCUCGAACGAUAUACCCAAUGUACCCGACUCCCACAUCGCCAUCAAAAUCGCCCGCCACUCUCCCUGCUCCGGCUGUUCAACAUGCCUCGGCCUUCGUCCUCCCCCAGGCUGGAAAGUCUCUCUCGACUCGUCGGACGGAUCGGACUCGGAUGACGACGGCGAGCCCGCCACGCAGUAUAUUGACCGCUGCGGGUGCGGACACGACAUCGCCGCCCACGGUGCGAACAUCUCCACCAUAGGACAUACAGAAUUCGUGCGGAGAGGACGCGUCGCCGUACGGUUAGAUGAGCUACUUGAGGACUCCGGAAGGCUCGGCGAUUUCGAUUACUCAGACAAGGACAUUGACUCCUUGAGGAAACAAAUGGGCGACUUUCGCAAGCCAGGAGAACCCAACUCACCCGCGAGUUCUCUGUCAGAUGAGCUCGGCGCACUAGUCCCCUCAUCGCCCCCCGAAAAGCACCCACUAUCCCCCGCAUCUUCGUUCUUAAGCGACGUUGUAGGUCGUCCUACCAAGAAGCGGCGUUUAUCUCCAGAUUACUCGUCGCUCAGCGAGGCUGAGGACGAUGAAGACGACGAAGAGGAACGACCGCUUGCCACGCAGGUGGCGCGACAACCACCUAGCAAGAACAAGAACAAGGCGAACGGUCGUCCAGUACCAGGUCAAAGAGGCGGCAAGCAGAAGCACAGUAUGAAGUCGAAGGCACAUACUGCCCCUGCGAACAUGCCACCACCAACAGCCCAGGAGCGAGAAGAGAUGCGCCCCGCGCAGGCUGUGAACGGCCACGACGCGAAGGUCAAGGUGGAAGACAAGAUGGAUGAGGGCCAGCUCACGAGGCUGGCGACUGGUGUGACGAUGGACGCGGCCGGUCCCGCAUCUGCAGCGCCUUCCGCGAAACAAGAGAAACUUGCGUACGUGGAGCUUCGAAAAAGCGUCAUCAGGGUCAUUGCGGUGGACAACGACCGCCAACCGCGAUCCUCGGUGGUCAUGACUGGUCUGAAGACCCUCUUCCAGAAGCAGCUUCCGAAGAUGCCUCGAGAGUACAUCGCGCGUCUGGUGUACGACCACAACUCCAAGUGCUUAGCUAUCAUCAAGCGAGGGUACAAGGUUGUAGGCGGCAUCUGCUACCGUCCAUUUCCACAUCGAGGUUUCGCCGAGAUUGUCUUCUUCGCGACAGCCUCAAUAGAUCAAGUCAAGGGAUAUGGUGGUAUGCUCAUGGACCACUUCAAGGCGCAUAUCAAGAAGACCUAUCCCGACAUGAACUAUUUCCUUACCUACGCCGAUAACUACGCCGUUGGGUACUUCCGAAAGCAGGGGUUUUCCAAGGAAAUCACUCUGGAUCGGGCCGUCUGGGCAGGCUACAUUAAGGACUACGAGGGUGGUACCAUCAUGGAGUGCAAGCUGCUGCCGAAGGUCGAUUAUCUUUCAUGGCGGGAAACCGCUCAACAGCAACGAGAAGCUGUCUUGACGAAGAUCAGGGAGAAGAGCCGUUCACAUAUCGUCUACGAUGGGCUUCCGCAGUUUCAGAACGGCGCAGGGGAUGGGAUGGUCGUCGACCCCAAGGAGGUGCCCGGUCUUCGGGAAAGCGGCUGGACACCGUCAAUGCAGACAGCCCCAAUCCGCCCGACCGGUCGCGGUGCUGAGCAUGCGAUGAUGGAGAAGCUCCUCUCCGACUUGAAGUUGCAUUCUUCCGCUUGGCCAUUCCUGCAGCCCGUUAAUGCGAAGGAAGUUCUCGACUACUACGACGUUAUCACCCACCCCAUGGACCUCAGCACGAUGGAGCACAAGCUGGACACCAACCAGUACACAGACACGGACCUGUUCCUCGACGACGCCCAGCUCAUCUUUGACAACUGCCGGGCGUACAACCCCGAGGACACGGUGUACCACAAGAGCGCGACGCGGCUGGAGAAGUACAUGCGCGAUCAGAUGAAGGCCCUCGGCCUCGUACGAAGUUCAAAGGUCAAGCGAGAACGGGAGGAAUAG